ACAAAGUUGCGUUGAUCCUGCGCGAGCACACACAGCAGUGAAGACUUGUGAACGUGGACGUGUGGGAGGUGGUGUGUGUCGCGUCAUAUCGCCCGCCGCUUUGUCAUUGGCUAGCUCAACUCACCAGACACCAGCGCGCUUGUUUUCUGCAGAGGAAGCACGCCCGUGAGAUGAGCUUUGUGCUAAGGAAUGAAACAGCCAACAGCUUUUUUUCCUUUCGUAACGCAUCAAAACGAUGAUGUGACCGAACAGACCGAUGACAGAUUCUUAGCGCAAACGGUGGUCACAGCUGAAAACAUUUUCAGGUGCUGUAGUGCAAGCCACAGUCGCGUCUGAAUCGCUGCAGACAGUGAGGACGCAGUUGUCUGGCGAUCAAGUGCCAAAUGCCAAGACUUGAAGGACACUGUUGGAGUUGCUCCUGUUCAUCACGGAUGAAAGCUAAAGAUCUGUCGAGUGCCAGUUGGGUUUCAUCUAAAGCAGAAGAAAUGAUGUCCAUCAUAACCUCAGUAAUGCGGCAUGCAUAUGGGUCACUUCACAGCAUCCGGUCCGCUAACUUAAUACGGCGGGGGCUCGUGCUGUUCACCAUCGGAGUGUUUCUCGCAUUGGUGCUAAAUUUGCUACAAAUACAAAGAAAUGUCACGUUGUUCCCUGAGGAAGUGAUAGCAACUUUGUUCUCGUCUGCCUGGUGGAUUCCACCCAGUUGUGGAACAGCAGCAGCUGUGGUUGGCCUGCUCUACCCCUGUUUGGACAGCCAUCUUGGGGAGCCACACAAGUUUAAGAGGGAGUGGGCCAGUGUGAUGCGCUGCAUCGCUGUGUUUGUGGGAAUCAACCAUGCCAGUGCUAAACUGGACUUUGCUAAUAACGUGCAGCUCUCCCUGACCCUUGCAGCGCUGUCGCUGGGCCUGUGGUGGACGUUUGACCGCUCCAGGAGUGGCUUUGGCCUUGGCCUCACCACAGCCCUGCUGGCCACGCUCAUCACGCAGCUACUGGUCUACAACGGUGUCUAUCAGUACACUUCUCCAGACUUCUUGUACGUUCGCUCGUGGCUGCCUUGUAUAUUCUUCUCCGGGGGCGUGACUGUGGGAAACAUUGGUCGGCAGCUGGCUAUGGGAGCCCCAGAGAAACCUCAUAACGACUAGGCAGCAAGACCAACUUUAAAGGUCAAAGGGCGCAGAGAAACGGGCUGAGGGGGGGGGCGCCAACCUGGGGGAAUCCGGUCGCCCACCCUCCCAACACCUCGAAAUGUCGGGACUGUUCCAGAGCCCGAGUGGGAUGCACUUCAAUCCUCGGAGAGACCCCUCAUCUCGUUUGUACUCCUGAUUUUAAUUUUUUUUUCCUUCUUCUUCUUCAUUGUUGUUCAGAGAAAAGUAUGAAAAGGAAAAAGAGAAAGACAGACAUUGACUGAGGAGGGUAGCACACAGAACUGACCCACAGUGCCAUGCCCUGCCCUGCACCUCCGUGUGGCCAAAAUGAUCCCCUGUGACCUCCCCACAACCACCAUCUUCAUUGUUCCCCGCCUCCCUAACACGCAAGCAUGCACACACACUCAACUCGUAGCUGUCAUAUCUCUGGUAAGGGGGCUGGACGCUAAGGGGGCUGGACGCUGGUUGCUCAUGGCUGGAGACUCUGUGGGUCCCACUUUGCUGUGAGAGAUUAAAAACGUCAGGAUGUUAGACAAAAAAAAAGGCAGUUAGGUUGACUGGUUCUUAAAAGUACGCGGAAACAAGGGUGGUGGUGCUACAGUUGGAGUUGUGUGUGUUUUUUCUUUUGUUACUGUUUUACUUUCCUGCUGGAUGCUAAAAUGAAAGGGAAACAUUUCAGGGCUGUGAAAGAAAAUGUCUGAUUUUUGAGUGGUUUAGUUGUGUGUGUGUUUUCCUUGAAAGAAACACAGACGUAAAAGGCAAAAGUACAGCUUGAACCAGAAGUAUUUCCAAACUGAAGUUUAUUCGUGCCAAUGUGAAGGAACACAGAAGGCGGGGCGUGGGGGCUAUGUGUUGGGGACAGCCUUCACUAGGUCUGCCACUGCAGGUGACCCAGCAAUGGCACAAGACAGCUAUAUGCCGGUGCAAAUUCCCCUCCUCCUCCUUUGCACCUAAAGGAAAGGUGCCAAAGUUAAUCUGCUCUCUCUCCUGUCCGCUGGGGGGGGGAAAUCAGUUUUACUCGCACAAAAUUGUUCAUUACGUCCAGACUAGCAAUCAAUGAACAUUUGAAAACACACUUUGUCGUAAUUUGAAGAACCUACGGGCAUUUUUUUUUUCAGCAGCCUCGACGAUUUGCAAUCUGUGAUUGCCUUGUAUGAUAGAAUUGAGUGCUUUUGUUACUAUUCCAUUGUUAUUAUUUCUCUCUUUCUUUUGUACUUAAUUUGUUGUUGUUUUUUUGCUCACACAUGUAAUCACUUUUCCAUUUAAUCAGAAAGGUAUUACUGUGCUACAGGCCUAGUUUUUAGUAGGGGGUUUGGGGUCUAAACAAAUGAAGUGCAAUCCAAUGUAUGAGCCUGGUAUUCGUUUUCUAUUUAUUAUUUUUGAUGUUAAAAACACAGUGAGACUCAUAUGCAGUGUGGAAAACAACAAAGCAAUAAUAGUAGUGAUGUAGUGUGUGGUUAAUCUGAAGGUGUAAAACAAAACAACAAGAGAUUACUUGCCUUUUAAGAGUCACAAAUAAAGAUUUUAUUAUUCUUCAUGUAUACCAAUGACCAUCCUCACUGUCAAAAAGAAAACUAUAGUGUAUCAGGUUGUACUUUAGAUUCAUUAGUGGAGUUGGGGAACACAUCUUAACGGUAUUUCUGGCCACAUAAAUCAUUUAAGUGUGCUGUGUUUUGAAAGGGCUGGAGGGAACAUGUUAAAAGUGUUUAAAAAAUGUAAAGAGGAAAAUAAGUGGUUCGAGAUUCAUGUGUUACUCUAUUUAACUGUUUGAAUCUCUGUUCAGGAGUUGUAAAGGGCAGGUAGAAUGAAAGCUUUAUUUUGAGGUGGUGACACACCUGGUGUUUUUAAGCGUUAAGUGUUAGUGUGUGUGAGUGUGUGUGUGCCUGGGACAUUUCAGUUUGAGCAUUAUUUCUACUAUCUUGGACUUCAAGUGAAAAAAGUAUAUAAAUAUAAAAAAUAAAAAAGUAAUACAUUUAAAAA